AUGAAGAUUGCUGUCGGAUUUUUGCUGUUUGCCAUAUUGGCAGUGUGUGUCGUAGAUGGGCGUAACAAGCAUUCGAAGGAGAAGGAUGACACGUAUGCAAUGAUUGACAUUGCAAAAGGAUGGAUGCAGAUUUACUUCAAAAUACCACCUGGCUUACAAAAGCGUACCACUACGCGUGCAAUGCGUACUACAACACGCCCAACAUUGAGGACGACCAAACCAUCUACUACAAAGAAACUUCCUGCAUGGAUGUCUACAGCAAGGACAACAGUAAAGCCUCGGCAGAAUGUCACACUUCCUACCGUUGGAAUGACAACAAAAUCGGGAGCAAUGGUGACAACUACGACUAAGAUAACCACCACUACUGCAAGAUUGACGACCACCGCUAAGCCAAUGUUUACCACGACGACUACUGCAACGACGAAACCUACUACAACUGUUGUGACUACAACGACAAGACCAACUAGUACUUCAACGACUGCACCAACAACGACGACUAGGCCAACAACUACCUCCACCACUGUCGCACCAACAACGAUGACUAGGCCAACAACUACCUCCACCACUGUCGCAACAACAACCACUAGACUCACUACUACUUCUACUACUCUUCCAACGACGACCGCUAGACCCACUACUACUUCUGCUACUGCUCCUGUUACAACUACUUCCACUACUGUCCCGACAACAACGACCACCAGACCAACAACAACCUCCUCUACCGUCCCAACAACGACGCCUUCCACAACUAUUCCGACAACAACGACUAGACCAACUACUACAUCCACUACUGUUCCACCAACAACGACCACCGUCCCUGCAACAACGACUACCACCACCGUCCCUACAACAACCACGACUAGACCAGUGACAACUGUAGCAGUAACUAAUACAGCACCUGCGGCCACCACAACAGUGUCUGCCUCUACUGCUGCAAGCGUAACAUCAACUACCAUUCCGUCAACUACCACGGUUGUCACUACAACAACAUCUACUCCUGCCGCCAACAAGAUCAGUGCCCCGACGAGUGCUGUUACCACCGCUUCUCCCACCACCACAACAUCGGCGGUCCAGAGCUCCGAUAGCUACUCCUACGGUGACUACGGCGAAUAUUCCAGUUACUAAGGACACGGAUGGGCCAGAGGUGUCCAGCUCCGUGGAAUACUACUACGACGACGAGUACGAGGAUGGAGUGAUCAUUACAGUACCUACGAUCAUCAGCGAAACAACAUCAACCGGUGCUAGUGUUGCUGAUACCAAAAGGUCCAAAACAAAGAAGAAUACUAAUAAAAACAAGCGGAAGA